AUGACACUCCGAGGACAGCAAUUCAGUAUAGACGACUUUGACGCCCAAAACUCGCCAGAAGUCGACAGUGCUCCCAAGGUUUUCAAUCCAUUCAACUUUGUCGCCGACGUCCAGGAACGCAAGCCAACAGCCGCACCCGCGCCGCCGCAACCACCCGCCUUCAAGAACUCGACAGGUGGCUUCCCUGCCCACCGGAAGCGCAACGUACAGUCCAGGUUCAAGAAGAGUAGACAACAGGAUGUGGAGCCCAUCGCGCCAACACCACAACCUCAGGGCAACGACCUGGAAGACGACGAUGACGAUUUCAUGACUACUGAGAGGCGGCGCAUAGAUGAGGAGAACCGCCAAAGGAUCGCUGAGAUGUCGCCAGAGGAGAUAGAGGAAGAGCGAAGAGAACUGCUUUCGUCACUCGAUCCCUCUCUGAUUCAACGCCUGCUGGGUCGCGCAACCAUCGAGGAAGGUGGAAGUAACGAGGACUUCCCUGGGUUGCAAGAGAAGGUGGAAGAAACGAAGCAGGAAGCCAAACCACAACCCGACGUCACGAAGCCUCGUAAGACUGUCAAGUUUGCUGAAGUGGAAGACGAGCCGGUAGGCGCAGAAGCCGGGUUUGGUACUCGCAAUGGAAACGAUACUUCUUCAAAUAACCACAAGCACGAUCACUCUGGUCACGAGGCAGCAGCAGAAGUUGCCCUCCCGACAGAUUCGACUAUCCACUUCCCGCGACCUCCUCAACCGCCAUCACUCGACCCUUCAGACCCGAACUUCCUCGAAGACUUGCACGAAAAGUACUUUCCUGAUUUACCCGCCGAUCCAGAGAAGUUAGAAUGGAUGACUUCUACGCCGAAAAAUGCAUAUUCAGCGUCUCAGACAUCCCUUGAUCCAAAAGAUAUUCGUUUUGCUUUCACUGGCGCAUUGAUUCCUCCGAGUCUUGCAGCAGAAAUUCCGGUCACGAUGGGUCUGCAUCAUCACGGCGAUGCUCCUGAUGCUGCGGGUUAUACGAUACCCGAACUGGCCAUGUUGGCUAGGUCCAGCGUGCCUGCUCAACGAUGUGUCGCCUUCCAGACGCUCGGACGGGUCCUGUAUAGACUCGGGAAGGGCGAGUUUGGUGAUCCUGGAGAAGAGGGUCAAGGCACAGUCGACGCUAAAGACACACUUGGAGAGUUGGCAAGAGGACUGUGGUUUGAAGUCAAGAAGGAGAGUGUGCUUGAGAUCUGUCUAGCUGAGAGCGAGGGCAGAGGCGCUGCGGGAGGAAGGCAUAUAGGCGCAAAGUCCUAUGCUACGGAGGCUGUCUGGCUCUGGCAACAGGGUGGUGGCCGCCGAUGGAAGGCCGAGUAA